AUGUUUCAAGAUAAACGAAGAUGGCGGUUUACUUCAGAUAUGGAUAUACUCUUGCAAAUAGUGUAUUUGGAAAAUCUAGUAUUCACAUUCCCAUAGUGAAUGGUUUACAACAGGCUCAAGUCAGAGCUGCUAGUAAGAAAGCUGGAGGUAGUGCUAGGAACCAGAGACCACCUCAGAAAGGAAAACACAGGGGAUGGAAAAAGCAAGAUGGUAACUUUGUCAAAAAGGGCAUGAUAUUGGUUCGUCAGUUAGGAUUAAGAUUUCAUCCUGGGUUAAAUGUUGGUAUUAGUCAUGAUCGCACCCUCUAUGCUUUAGAAGAAGGUACAGUUAUAGUGACUUGCGAGAAGCUUCGACCAAGAUGGGAUCAUGAAUGGGUUCAGAAGUUUUAUGCAAAUAGAAAUACAGAUGUGGUGUAUAAGAAAUUUUUUCACGUAAUUACUGAACCCCAAGAAAAGAAAUUCAAAUUGGUUAAUACUGUUUAAUUUGACGUUGUAAAUUAAAACUUUUGCUAGAUUUGUAUUAUAUAUAAAAUAGAAAAGUACAUCCUGUUAUUGGAGAAAACUAAAAUAUUGUAUCUUAAAUGGUCAUAAUAAAUCCAUAUCAUAACUCUUAAAAUUGUGUAUUAUACAUCAGCCUAGAGAUUAACUCGUGCUUUACAAUCUUGUUGUGAAAGUUUGUAUCAAAUUAGUGUUACUUGUACCUCUAGUAAAAGAACAGUUCUGUACAGUG